AGAGAGAGAGGCUUCACUGAUUAUUAAUUGAAAAGAGAGAGAGAGAGUGAGAGAGGGGAAAAAGAAGGGAGACGCUGUCGCUAGGGCGAAAGAAGGGAAGAGAGAGAGAGUGUGUGCGAGUGAGUUCACAGAGGGAGACCUUUUAUUCAUCUCAGUUCCUGUCGUCACCGCCGUCAUUUGACGAAACCCUCAUCCCAUGGUGGAAUACGGAAGCGGCGUGUCUGCGAAUCCAUCAAGGAGCGGCUCCGACCGUUGAUCUCCCCGCGAUCUCCGUCGGAUCGUUGAUGCCGGUGGGCUCCUGUGUCGAUCUUGCUGGAAUUCUAGUCGGAAGAUGAACUGGAAUGGAGCAGAGGACGCCGGGCGCCCGGCGGCGUCCCUGCCGCCGCCCUUGGAGUGGAAAUUCUCGCAGGUCUUCGGUGAACGGACGGCCGGAGAGGAGGUCCAAGAAGAUCUUCUGAUAAAUAUACAUGGUGCUGUGGAUUAAUGUUUUCGAGUUGAUAUUGGCUGAUGCGUUCCUGCUGUAUCGUCUAGAAACCAUCUUUGACAUUAUCUCAGCAAUAGAAUUUGAUAAAUCUGGAGACCAUCUGGCUACUGGAGAUCGAGGAGGACGUGUGGUUCUAUUUGAAAGGGCAGAUGUUAGGGAUCGUGGAUCUCAAGGGGAUUUAGAGAGGCAAGAUUAUCCAAUUAGCAGGCAUCCUGAGUUCCGGUACAAAACCGAGUUUCAGAGCCAUGAACCAGAGUUUGACUAUCUUAAAAGCUUGGAAAUAGAGGAGAAGAUCAACAAGAUCAGAUGGUGCCAAACAGCCAGUGGUGCUCUUUUUCUUCUUUCUACUAAUGACAAGACUAUCAAAUUGUGGAAGGUCCAGGAAAAGAAGGUGAAAAGAAUCUCCGAGAUGAAUAUGGAUGAUUCACAAGUUGUAGGAAAUGGUAGCGUUGCUAGCUCAAGUGCAACUAGUCCCAGAGCAUAUCUUCCAAAUGGUGGAUGUUCUGAAAGGCCCCACAACUAUCCGAGCAGUGACUUCUCAUUCCCUCCUGGAGGGUUUCCAUCACUACAUUUGCCAGUGGUAGUGAUGUGCCAAGAGACAAGCCCUGUUGCUCGAUGUCGAAGGAUAUAUGCUCAUGCUCACGAUUAUCACAUUAACUCUAUUUCAAAUAACAGUGAUGGUGAGACAUUUAUAUCGGCAGAUGAUCUGCGAAUAAAUCUUUGGAAUUUGGAAAUUAGCAACCAAAGUUUUAACAUUGUCGAUGUGAAGCCUGCAAAUAUGGAGGACCUCACUGAGGUGAUAACAUCUGCUGAGUUCCAUCCAACACAUUGUAACAUGCUAGCAUAUAGUAGUUCAAAGGGUUCAAUCCGGCUUAUUGAUUUGCGACAGUCAGCAUUAUGUGAUAACAAUUUUAAGUUGUUUGAGGAACAUGAAGCACCUGGUCCAAAGUCCUUUUUUACUGAGAUUAUUGCCUCAAUUUCAGAUAUCAAAUUUGCAAAGGAUGGAAGGCACAUCCUUAGUCGUGAUUAUAUGACUCUUAAGCUAUGGGAUAUAAACAUGGAUGCAGGUCCUGUCGCAACUUUCCAGAUCCAUGAAUAUUUAAGACCAAAGCUGUGUGAUUUAUAUGAGAAUGAUUCAAUUUUUGACAAAUUUGAGUGCUGUUUGAGUGGAGAUGGACUGCGGGUAGCAACUGGUUCAUAUAAUAAUCUAUUUCGUGUAUUUGGCUGUGUUCCUGGAAGCACUGAGGCAACAACCUUGGAAGCCAGUAAAAAUCCAAUGAGGCGACAUGUUCAAAACCCUGCAAGGCCUGCAAGAUCUCUGGGCAGUUUGACACGUGUUGUCAGGAGAGGAGAAACCACAGGAGUUGAUGCCAAUGGAAACUCAUACGAUUUCACAACCAAAUUGCUCCAUUUAGCAUGGCACCCAACUGAAAACUCAAUUGCCUGUGCUGCUGCAAACAGUUUGUAUAUGUAUUAUGCAUAAAGAUGGCCCAAGAAGGGAUGAUCUUGCUUGGCAAUUUUUUUUUAAAAAAUUUGGUUUCCUUCUUGUGAAGGCAGUUGAGCUUUCACAUGCAACGGGCAAGAAGGUGUGGGAGGGUGUUCCAUUGGUUCUUACACGUGUUUCAGAAUUGGGGCCAGAAGAGGCUGUCGGAAUCCAUGAGGAAGCUUUGUUCAGAUACUUUUAGGAGGAAGAUUAGCAUCUUUAAUCACCAUCGCUUUCUAAGUUAGAUGAUGUGAUUGUAUCUCACAUACAACUAAUGCAAAAGGUAAUUUGAGGGGCUAUAUCUGAGUUUCCAGAGGGGAUGUUCUUUGGCUAAUCCUGCCAUGUAAGGGCGUGGGUGCUUGUAUUGUUGGCCAUCAUAUCGAGGCUUGUGAAUUGUCAUUAUUAUUUUUCAUUUGUUCUGUGCUAACCAUAUUUCUUAUUUACUAAAACACAGGCCUCUUCUGAAUCUUUGGAUUAUAACCUCUUUGAAUUUAGGUUGUGCUACAAAAAUUUGACAUUUGAUCCUUGUGGGUGUUUAAUUCAUUGAAAUGUCAAAAUAAGUAGUCAGGCAUUGCACUUCAUGUGCUCUUGUAUUUUA